UGUUGAUCACAAACCAAGCCUUCGCUGUGGAAGAAUCAGCCCAAAGACAUGAGUACCAGUAAACAAGGAUAAUUAAGGGCCAUCUGGGAAUGUGGCUACCACAGAGGAUCUGGCAAUAAUGAUGGUGAAGGUGAGUUCAAGGCUCAAGUGGAGAACACAUCAACUUCAAAGGCAGAGGGAAUCGAAGGUGCUUCCCAGCUUUGGACACUUCCCCUGUUUGAGAUGUGUUCAAAGAUGGCCCAAGUCCUCUGGGGAUGUUUCCUCCUGUGGAAUCUCCAUAUCUCACCCGCUUACUCUAUGUACCCUGGAAUCAAGGCGAGGGCUACACAGAGGGCUCUGGACUAUGGCGUUCAAGUUGGGAUGGAGAUAAUUGAGCAAAUGGUCAAGAAAAGAGACAUUCCAAAUUUAAACGGUUCUGAGUCUCUCGAAUUUCUGAAAGUGGAUUAUGUGAACUACAAUUUUACAAACAUAAAAAUCAAUGCCUUUUCAUUUCCAAAUACUUCCCUAGCCUUUGUGCCUGGGGUGGGAAUCAGGGCACUGACCAACCACGGCACUGCCAACAUCAGCACAGACUGGGAAAUCAAGUCUCCGCUUUUCCGAGACACAGGAGGAGCUGACCUAUUUCUCUCUGAGGUCUACUUCACGGGUAAUGUUAUCCUGACCCAGAAUAACUUUGGUCACCCAAUCCUGAAGCUCCAAGACUGCCACGCCCAAGUGAGCCAUGCUGACGUCUCAUUUUCUGGAGAGCUCAGUGUCCUAUAUAACUCCUUUGCUGAGCCCAUGGAGAAACCCAUCUUAAAGAACAUAAAUGAAAUGCUCUGUCCCAUGGUCACAAGCGAGGUGGAGGCGCUGAAUGCCAACCUCAGCAUGCUGGAGGUUAUAACCAAGAUUGACAACUAUACUCUGCUGGAUUAUUCCCUAAUCAGUUCUCCAGACAUUACAGAAAAUUAUAUUGAGCUUUAUUUGAAGGGUGUAUUCUACCCCCUGGGAAACCUCACAGAUCCCCCCUUCUCAUCAGUUCCUUUUGUGCUCCCAGACCGCAGCGACUCCAUGCUCUACAUUGGAAUCUCCGAGUAUUUCUUUAAGUCUGCAUCCUAUGCCUAUUUUACAGCUGGGGCUUUCAAUAUUACUCUCAGCACAAAAGAGAUUACCGACCAUUUGAUUCGAACCUCUCAAGGCCUUGGCAACAUGCUCUCUCGGAUUGCAGAGCUCUACAUCUUGUCCCAGCCCUUCAUGGUACGGGUCAUGGCGACAGAGCCUCCCCUGAUCAAUUUGCUGCCUGGUAACUUCACCCUAGACAUCCCCGCCUCCAUCAUGAUACUCACCCAGUCCAAGAACUCGACUGCAGAAACCAUCGUUUCCAUGGACUUCGUUGCUAGUACCGAUGUUGCUCUGGUUAUUUUGGGACAAAGACUGAUCUGCUCUUUAUCGCUGAACAGAUUCCGCCUCUCUUUGCCAGAGUCCAACCGCAGCAAUAUUGAGGUCCUGAGGUUUGAGAAUAUUCUGUCCUCCAUUCUCCACUUUGGAAUCCUCCCACUGGCCAAUGCAAAAUUGCAGCAAGGACUUCCUCUGCCCAACCCGCACAAAAUUUCACUCGAUUCAGAUAUUGAAGUUCUUGAGGGUUUCCUUCUGAUUUCCACCGACCUGAAGUAUGAAACGUCCUUAAAGCAGCAGCCAAGUUUCCAUGGUUGGGAAAGUCUGAACCUAAUAAGUGGACAGUGGAGGGGAAAGCCAGCCCCUUGACUGCCUGUUUGGAGUCCAUUCUGGGAAGUAAAUGGCCCUUAAUCCCACAGCUCCUGUAACCCCAGAGCAGGAAGACAGUACACACUGGAAUUGUAAAGUUCUUGCGAAUUGCUGGAAGUUUUCUUUUUCAAGCCAGGGACAUAGAGGGAGGCAAACUGGGUAAAAGAGUUAAAUCAGGAUGUGUGUGUGUUCCCAUGUGAGUGUGGUGUGUGGGGGGGGGUGAAUGUGUGUUCAUGUUUGCGUGCAUGUUGUGUGUUCCUCUUUCUAUAAGAUUCUGAGGCCAAGAGUGAAGCAUGUACUUGUAAGGAGGCUCGUGAGAAACUCUCAAAUACAGAUUUGCAUCUUUUGUUAUCAGAGGAGGUCCCUCCAACCCCUUCAGCUCUCUAAGGCUCCCCCUUCCCUACAUGUUGGAUUUUAUGUUUUAUAUUUACUGUUACUGUCCCCUGUAUUUAAUUAAAAUCGUUUUCUAACAAUGUCAA